GGGCGGCGACAAUGGGCCGGAGCGCGCCUCCCGGCCUCCGCGGGCCGCUCUCCGGCCCGGGGCCUGGGCUCCGCGCCUCCACGGGGGUGGCCGGCUCAGCCUCGGCCUCGACCCCGGGGCUCAGCUCGGCGGUCCGCGCUCCCUGCCGCGCGCCCGGACUGCAGGAAGAGCUGGAGCCGGGCUGCUCGACCACUCCGCGCCCGGGGACGCGGCGACCUGGGGCCGGGAGCGCUGGGCAGGUAACGUGUACUGAACCGGGCUGGGGGCUCCGGGAGGCCCGGGGGCGGCCCUUCCCCGACUUCUGUCCCCGCGGUGGCCCGCGCCGGGGCAGGAAGCCGAGGUGGGUGUGGAGCGCCAGAGCGGGAGAGAAACUUCAGUGCGACCAGUCCCAACAGGCUCCUCCCGAGAGGCCGGCGCGACACCGACACCCUGUCGCCCUCCUCCCUAGACCCUCCCUGGCCACUCCUUCUCCUUGUCUUCCCCCCAUCCGGAGGCCGGGGACCACCACCCGCUGGCUCCCACCCUGGCUCGCCCGAGCCUAACUGUCGCCCUGGCAGGGACUUUUAGGGACUUGUUGACCGCGGAGGCCAGCCUUGAGCCCUGUCCUUCCGGCUGCUGUGCAGCCCCUCGCACGUGGCAGGCAAGCAGGCUGCCGAGAGCUUGCUGAGCCUUCUAGGAAAUUGCAAUCGAUUUGUAACGCACUUUCGCUAAUUGGGAGUUAAGAAUUAAACUUUAAUAAAGCAUUUGUGUCGUCUCGUCUAAUUGUGAAGGCUUCCAUUCGUCCUGGUAGAUAGACUCUAAGUCUCAAGUUAAUGGCGCUAAGCUAGAGAUCCCCUCCCACCCCCCACCCAGUACAAUUCUGUCAGCCGUCGUCGGCGCAGCUGGAUUUCUGUAAGGUACAGAUGUUGCUAAUGGCAGCUUAAGCACGGAUGGGCAGAUAGCAUACGGAAUGCAACAUGUUGCCAUAUGGUUCCUUUAGCCUCUCACCUCCAGGGAUAUCAAUCAUAUAUAUUCUGGGAGGAACCUAAUGACUCUCUGAACAGCAAAAUGAAUUACCUGGUACAAUUUAUAUCCCUUGACCUGAUGCGUUAUAACAACAGGAAGAUAGCAUCGCCCGAUUGCUGUGGUAUAAAUUGACUUACAGAGCUACAUUUCAAAUUCUAUAAUCAAAUAUUGGUAGUUUGAGGGACCCUAUCACAUCAUUCUGGCAGUAAAAUCGGUUUCUGCAUCUUCUUCGUCCACCCUUUUCCAUCUCUAGACGUGCAAAAUUGACAAAGUUUAACAAAGCUGAUCUUGGAAAUUGCCACUCUACCUACUAUCUGGUGAGGUGUGGAGAGGUGGAAAAUACGACUUCCGGUGUUAGGAUGUCGGUAUCAACACACCGAAGUCAUCGUUUAGAUCCUACCGAGUGGCUUAGUAAUAAAUACUUCAUAUUAGAUUUUAAAAUCUGGCGACUAAUAAAAUGUAACUGCCUUUAAGCUUGGAUUUUAAACAUGAUCAUCUUUUUACCAUUCCUUGUAUUUGUUGAUUCACAAACGCAGAUCACAAUAAAAGACAAGCAACAACUUAAAGAAUAUUAA